AUGAAUUGCUUUCUUUGUUCCCCUAAAGCUAAGCUAGAUGUACCUAUAUCUUGAAGUCCAUAUAUUCUCGAUUUAUCAUUUGAAUCUCUAGGUAACUUAAACGUGAUCGAGUCACAAGACGAACAGAAAUGAGACAGCCACCGAAGCAGUAAUGGAGGUUUAAAACUUCCUGAUAUUCGAGAAAUAAGAAGAAAGUCAGCAAACCCAUUCUUUAUGCCCUCAUCAAAUGAUAUUUUAGCUCACAAUGAGGUAAAAGAGAAGGGCAAAGACACUAAUUUCUUGGUUGCUCAAAAUUUAGAUUCAGGACCAUUGUUUAAUGAUGGGGAUAAGAAAUACAGAAAAUCCUUCAAUGUCAAUCAGGCAGAUUAUAAACUUGAGAAGAAUGAGCCCGAGAAAGAAAAUGAAGACGAAGUCUUUGCUCAACCUAAGAAGAGGAUAAAGGAUAUCAUUGAAGAAGUUGAAUCUAAAUAACAAGGAUAAUAAAGACAAUAAGAUCGUUCAGGAUGAGAAUAUCAAAGCUAUCAAUGAAGCUUUCGGAGACCAAAAUAUUGAAGAUGAAGAAACUUCUGAUCCUGGAACUCGAGAUUAUGACAUUAAGUAUAACUUUAAGAAAGGUGAAACCCUUAAGAACAUAUACGGGAUCAAAUAUUUCCUUAUAUUCCCAGAUAUGAAACCAAAGCAGUACUGGGAUCUUACGAUCACUCUUCUGGUUAUCAUUUCAGGUAUCCUUACACCCUUGAGGCUUGCCUUUGUAGAGAACGAGGACUCGUUUUCAUGGCUUCUUUUAGACACGGUUAUCGAUCUAUUCUUCCUUGCAGAUAUUAUAAUUAACUUCUUCACUGUUUACACAAAUCGAUCUGAGGAUUUUGUAGUUUCGCGAAAACUAAUUGCACUCAACUACUUGAGAGGGUGGUUCAUCAUAGAUUUUAUUGCUAUUAUUCCAGUUAACUAUUUCUAUGACCCAAAACAAGGCGUUAAUGACCUCGCCAGACUUGCAAGACUCGUCAGGCUUUAUAAAUUAGUUAAGCUCUUCAGAAUUGUCAAACAAGGUGGAAAGAUAAAGAAAUAUGCAGCUGAUGCUCUAAAGCUGAAUAUGGUAAAGGAAAGGAUCCUUACCUUUAUACUCUUUCUUACAAUCACCUGACAUGUAUUAAGCUGCAUGUGGUAUUUCUCAGCCAGUUGGGAUGACUUCAGCCCUGACACUUGGGUUGCAAAAACAAACUACCAAGAUGAAAGUGACCUUAGGAAAUAUAUUUAUUGAUUUUAUUUUACUACAACUAUCAUCACAACUGUAGGCUAUGGAGAUAUGCCAAUCACCACUUCUUUAGAGAAAAUUAUAGCUAUUGGAAUGAUCAUUGUUGGUGUUAUCACAUUCUCCUUCUCUCUUGGUUCAUUGAUGUCUGUCUUAGAGAACGUAGAUAAUUCUGAGGCUAAAUUUAAGGAGAAAUACUAUGAGCUUAACUCUAUUAAGAAGAAAUAUAAUAUUCCUCAAGCAUUGUAUAACAAGUUGUAUAAAUCACUCAGAUUCAAGAUCUCUAAGGAUGAAUCAAAUUUGUAUAAUUUCAUUGAAACCUUUCCUGUAAAGAUCCGGACUGAGCUGACACUUAAAAUUAACAGAGAGAUUUUCAGUAGAAUUCCAUAUUUCAAAGGUAAAGAUGAACACUUUCUUGCUAUGGCUGCUGAACUUUUUAAGAACUCUAGAAGGAAUAUCUACAAAGAUGAGUACCUCUUCUCUGAAGAUAACCCUGUAUAUGAAAUAUUCUUCCUCCUCACAGGGAAAGCAGGCUAUGUAGUCAGCGAUGAAGGUGUAGCGAUAAUAUUCUGUGAAAUUCAUCCAGGAAACCUAUUCGGAGAGCUAGAUUUCUUCAAUUCUGGAGCUCAAGACACAACAUUUGAGAAAAGAAAAUUCAGUGUAAAGGCCUUAGCUGAUUCUGAAGUGAUAGGCCUAUCCAAAAUAUCUUUACAUGAGUUAGCAAAUGCUUAUCCUAAAUACGUAGACGAGAUUUUUGAAUAUGCAAACUACAGGUUAAAGAAGCUACUAGCAGAGAAAAGAGAUGCAAUGAAACAACUACACAAAGAGACAAAGAAGAGAAAGAAAGAAGUUGGCAAGAAAAAAGCAGGCAUUCUGCGCCCCAAGACACUCCAUCUUGAGGAAUAUCAAGAAUAUAAUGAAGAUGACAAAGAAAGACUCGAUAGAGAGGAAAUAAGUAUCCAAAUGAAAAACCUUCAAGAUAAAGAUGUCAAACAGAGUUAUGGAGAUAAAACCAAAAACCUGAAAGAAAAAGCUAAGAUUUACUUCUCAGGAGUCAACAAAGUAUGGAAAGGGAUUAAGAAGCACCAGGAGAUGAACAAAAGCAAGACUGAUAUUCUCUUCGAACAUAUUAGAGAACUUGCCCAGCAGAAGAGAGAAAAAGACAGAGUUGCUCGAGAAAACUCUAAGGAAAACAAGUUCAAACUGAUGAUGGAAAAAAAAAAGAGAGCUAAAGAGAUCCUCAUGGAACUUAAAGAAUAUAAAAUCUCACCAAAAGAUCAUAUUGAGUUUGAGAACAAAGUAGCAGAUCUGUAUCAAAAGUACAAGGAUUACCAACCUAAGAGAUGGAAAUCCAUUAUAGAGACAGAUAUUUACAUUCAAAGAAAGAUGGCUCUACAUAACCCAUCAGAUAUUAUCUUGAAAGAUGUCAUUGACCAGCAGCAUAUGUAUUAUUCUGAAUAAUCACUUUAUUCAAUGCUCCAA